CAAGCACAAGUGGCCAUAGGAAAUUUACGUACUUCACAAGAAAGAACAGACGAAGAUACAAGUAUAUCCAUAGAUGAUAGGACGAUCGUGCAAAUGAGGACCCUCUUAUCCUCAAAAUCAAAUACUGACGAGAGCUUAGACAAACAUGAACAAAUACAUGACCGUUUACUACCUGAUUAUGUGGGAAUGCAUCUAAACGAAAAACAAGAGCCGGGAGGAAAUGUGUAUCAAAGCAAGAAUUCUAAGAUGGAUGAUCAAAUUCAUGCUGCUGUUGAAUAUGAAGAUUCCGUUUCACAAGACAUAUGGAUUCCACCGACGACUUAUAAGAUCUCUAGCCCUCAAAAAGAAGAGUUAUUGAUUAAAACUAUAAAUUUUCCGAGGGACUGUGUGACAAAAGUUAGUCCAGAAGAGGAAUUAAGUAUCUUGUUCGACGAACUUAAAUUCAUUCUUGAAAAUGAUGCGUAUGAUGAGAGCCUCAGAAAAAGUCUGCAGGAAUCCUACCCAGAGUAUCUUAAAAUGAUUGAAAAACGGAAGAACGAUCUUUUGAAAGAUGAUCAUGGAAUUGUAGUUGCAG